AUGAUCAGAUUGUCUAGAAUAACAACGUUUUCAGGCUACACAUGUCCCGGAGCUUCGAAGAUGAAGUGGUUUUUUGUAAAACCGUACGUGAGAGCAGAUCCUACCAGCCUGAUUCAUUAUCCCGAGACCUCGAACAUAGAUAAAAGGAAGAUCGAUUGGAUGUAUGAUAAGCCUUACGACAGGUCGGAAGUCAUUUCCGUGUAUGGCCCGAAUACAAUUGAACUGCGCAACCUGCCAAUGGGAAGGACUCCAGAGUACCUUCAGGAGAGGCUCAGAAGGUUCUUCUCAAAGUUUGGAGUCGUGUCGUUCUGUAGGUGUAAACCUCACGACCUGGACCCCUACCAGUGUAACGGCACCGGUUACGUCACAUUCAGAAGUAAGAAGGCGUCGAUAGAGGCAGCGUCAGCUAACUUGGUGUUUCCGUUCACACUCCACAGUAAAAAGAUAGCAAUUCGGCAUCUGGACACCGAUAGGACCAAUGACCCAGAUUAUUUAUAUAAGAACCAGCAUUACAAUAAGCAAAUCCUCGCAAUAGCCAAGGACUUGUACGCGAAGAUAUAUAAAACGGGAAUAUGUGACCUGAGUAAAAUAUCGCACGGACUUUACGAAAGGAACUUCUACACGGGAAAGUUGCACAAAGCAGGACUCUCAAUAUUCAUGAGAUUUGGAAGCUGGGCUGGAUUUUUAAAUUUUGAGCCUUUUAGAGAAUUAUUUAAAGUUGAAGAUGGCAAGGUUACCCUUCUAUUGACCGGAGACGAGAAGAUGGAAAGAGUAAUGAAACUAGCGGAAAUAAUACUAGGUCGUAUGCUCGAGGAGACUGUAACUAGGGACUGGAGGGAAGGGAAGCCCAAAUUGAUAGAGCAGGCGCAGAAGGAAGUAGACGCGCUGUACUAUAUGCAGCCUCUUCCGGAACAGCUGCAGCUGCUUUCAAGGAGCCACAACAUGUAUCGCCUACAUGACGAACGCCACCUCUUUAAGAUAUCAAUAAAGCAGAAGCGUAACGAGGCCAGAAGGCUGUACAGAAGUAUGAAAAGAGCACAGGUUGAACAAUGA